GGCGGCUGCGGCGGCUGCGGCUGCGGCGCGGCUGAGGGCUGCGGAGCGAGGCUGCGCGCCGAAGAUGGCUGAGAAACAGAAGCACGACGGGCGGGUGAAGAUCGGGCACUAUGUCCUGGGGGACACGCUGGGCGUCGGCACCUUCGGCAAAGUGAAGAAUUAACCGUGGCAAUAAAAAAAUUUUUUAAAAAACCAUCUGCUUGGCUGUUAGAGUCCUUGCUCUUCUUUGAUCUGGGAAGAUGACAAUAGAUAGUAAUUUUACUGGUCAAAUGGGAAAAGAGGAGUUGAAUUCUUCCCUAUUACAUUGACAAAGGGAUUGCAGUGCUGGUUACCUUCCUUGAGGCCAUCAGGGAUUUGGAGAGAGAUGUCUUGUUAGGUUCUCCUUAGACAAGUGUUUAGGUACUGUAAGAUCCUGAAGUUGGAGAGCAUCAGUUGACAGGCCAUAAAGUGGCAGUUAAAAUCUUAAAUAGACAGAAGAUUCGCAGUUUAGAUGUUGUUGGAAAAAUAAAACGAGAAAUUCAAAAUCUGAAACUCUUUCGUCAUCCUCAUAUUAUCAAACUUUACUGCUUCUUGUGAGAGAAGAAAGCUGAAGUGGCUAGACUCAAAGUAGCAUAUGCUCAUGGAGACUCACAGAAGGAAGAGAUACCAGGUAAUCAGCACUCCAACAGACUUUUUUAUGGUAAUGGAGUAUGUGUCUGGAGGUGAAUUAUUUGACUACAUCUGUAAACAUGGACGGGUUGAAGAGAUGGAAGCCAGGCGGCUCUUCCAGCAAAUUCUGUCUGCUGUGGAUUAUUGUCAUAGGCACAUGGUUGUUCAUCGUGACCUAAAACCAGAGAAUGUCCUUUUGGAUGCACAGAUGAAUGCCAAGAUAGCUGAUUUUGGAUUAUCUAAUAUGAUGUCAGAUGGUGAAUUUCUACGAACUAGUUGUGGAUCUCCAAAUUACGCAGCACCUGAAGUCAUCUCAGGCAGGUUAUAUGCAGGCCCGGAAGUUGAUAUCUGGAGCUGUGGUGUCAUCUUGUAUGCUCUUCUUUGUGGCACCCUCCCAUUUGAUGAUGAACAUGUUCCUACACUGUUUAAGAAGAUUCGCGGGGGUGUGUUUUACAUCCCAGAAUAUCUCAAUCGCUCUGUGGCCACUCUCCUGAUGCAUAUGCUGCAGGUUGAUCCUCUAAAACGUGCAACUAUUAAAGACAUCAGAGAGCAUGAAUGGUUUAAACAAGAUUUGCCCAAUUAUUUGUUUCCUGAAGACCCCUCUUACGAUGCUAACGUCAUUGAUGAUGAGGCUGUGAAAGAAGUGUGUGAAAAAUUUGAGUGUACAGAAUCAGAAGUAAUGAACAGUUUGUAUAGUGGUGACCCUCAAGACCAGCUUGCAGUGGCUUAUCAUCUUAUCAUUGACAAUCGGAGAAUAAUGAACCAAGCCAGUGAGUUCUACCUCGCCUCCAGUCCGCCAACUGGUUCUUUUAUGGAUGAUAGUGCCAUGCAUAUUCCCCCAGGCCUGAAACCUCAUCCAGAAAGGAUGCCACCCCUUAUAGCAGACAGUCCCAAAGCCAGAUGCCCAUUGGAUGCGCUAAAUACAACUAAACCCAAAUCUUUAGCUGUGAAGAAAGCCAAGUGGCAUCUUGGAAUCCGAAGCCAGAGCAAACCAUAUGACAUCAUGGCUGAAGUUUACCGAGCUAUGAAGCAGCUGGAUUUUGAGUGGAAGGUAGUGAAUGCAUAUCAUCUUCGUGUAAGAAGAAAAAAUCCAGUGACUGGCAAUUAUGUGAAAAUGAGCUUACAGCUUUACCUGGUUGACAAUAGGAGUUAUCUUUUGGAUUUUAAAAGCAUUGAUGAUGAGGUGGUGGAGCAGAGGUCUGGUUCCUCGACGCCUCAGCGUUCCUGUUCUGCAGCCGGUUUGCACAGACCGAGAUCGAGUUUUGAUUCUAUGACUGCGGAGAGCCAUUCACUCUCUGGUUCUCUCACUGGCUCCUUGACUGGAAGCACAGUGUCUUCGGUGUCCCCUCGUCUGGGCAGUCACACCAUGGAUUUCUUUGAGAUGUGUGCCAGUCUCAUCACUACUUUAGCCCGUUGAUGACCUGUCCUUGGUUCUUUCUUUCUGUUACUGCACUGUGAAAAUAAGAUAUAUUCUUUAAAUUAUUACUUUUCAGAUAUCACAUACUCUGCAAAAAAUUUUCUCUUUUUUUUUUUUGACCGGGAAUCAAACUCAGGACAUCGUGCUUAUAAGGUAGACGCUGUGCCGCUGAGCUGUAUCCCAGGCCCCAUACUCCGCAAUAUUGAGAGAGAUGAAUUACCAGGAGAAAUGCAGUACCAUUGAAACUGCUAAAACAAAAAGCCUGACAUUUAAUUUAGAGCUCUCAUUUUGUUGUGCCUCUCAUAAACUCACAUAGGCGGCAGUGUUUUUAGUGGGUGGAUGUGGAUGAAGAUUGUUUAUUUACCAGUGUGAAUUCACUACAGAUGAUGAGCACACCUCACUGUUGAAUCAGCUAAUCUAGCACUUUCUUGUUCCACUACUUAGUCCAGGAAGAUCCAAACUUCCUAAAUCUCAGCAGGUUUUAAGCUGUGAUUUUGCUUGCAGUUUUGGACUCAAGAAGAUUAAAAAAGACAAAGUAGUUAUUAGUAAGAUAUUAUUUAAAUGGUGAAAUUUUAAAACAGUAUCCUGUUUUAGAGAUCAAGUUCUUCUAAAAGAGUUUGCAGAUACUGCUUACUAUUCAUCAGAAAGACUGUGGUCCUGUAACAGGUACCCAAAAUUUAUCUUGAGAUUUUAUCCAGCGAUUUCCCAGAAUAACAUUGUCUCUCUUAAGAACCUUAAAGGUUCUGGUUAGUAUUGAAACAUCUGGUAUUGCAACACUUUGGGUUUUUUUUCUUAACCUUACAUAAUUUAAAAACAUAUUCAAGACCUAUGUUUUUCAAAUUCUCUUCAUGACUUAUUUUUGCACAUUACCAAGACAGUUAAGUGAAACACCUAGAUACAUCACCGAGUCCUUUAAAAGGGCACUCUUAUCUUUGAUCUUUUGUGUGUAUGUUGUGAGAGAGGAUUAGAAAGUUAGAGUCCAGUUCAUUUUGCAAUGCUAAUUCUUCAUUUGAAAUUUAAAUUGUACAUGCCAGCUCCUCCCUCCCCCCUUUGCCUGUGAUCUUAUCUUUGCUCAUGGAACUUCACUUGGCUGAUUACCUAAGCUUUUGAUUCCCUUUUGGUUCCCUUUUCUCAGUUGCUCGCCAUUCAGUUUGAAAACAUGGUUUGGCCCUAAAGACUUAAAUUUCCAGCGCUGGAUAGCCUAUGACCUUCACUUGAUCCUGAUAGGGUGAGGACGCCUUAAACAUUUAAAAAUAUUCUCUCUUGAAUAAAUAAAUAUAUUUACUUAUAUACAUGUAUAUAUUCAUACACAGUGCUUUUAAUCCAAAAACACAUUGUUUUGUUUUGCUCUGCACAAGGUUUUUUUUUAAAGAUUGAAAACACCCAUACUAUAUAUAUAUAUCAGGGUAGGCAAUAGCUUAUUGAUUAUAGUUAAUGUUUAAAUUAUAUGUAAUUUAUCUAAUUUGUAUUUAUUCAUUUAUUGUAUUUAUGUUGUAAUUAACAAUCUCAUUCACCGGACUCACCCUAUAAAAUAUUAAGCUCUUGAAAACAAAAGAAUGACAUUGCCUUGACAGGUUUCUCUUAGCCAAAAAUAAUGUAUUUUCUACAAAGAAACAAAUGAGAAUGUUAGACAAACAUUUUCUCGUGUUUAUGGGAGAUAAGUAUGUCUAUCUUUAAAGGUCAUUGGAGUCAGGAGUUUGCAUAUAGAUCCCUGAAAAUGUGGCAUUCAAUAUUCUAAACCUAGUUUCUUAAUAUCAAAGUAAAAAUCUUCAUGAAUUUAGAGGUGCUUUGAGAUGACAGUUUAAAAGGUUUAACUUUUGAAAGAUUGCCAUCUUGUGGCCAGAGAGGGAAAUUUUGUUUAGUAAUUAAUUUGGGUAAGAUAAGUAACUGCUGUUAAAAUCAGCUGUGUAUUGUAUGUGUAGCAUAAUGUUGGCUUCUCCAAUGUGUACAUAUCUCUUUUGGGAAAAACAAGACCAUCUCAUAUAUUUUCCCAGAUGAAUGGGAUAACUUUAGAAAUAAGGAACUAACCAAGUUCUUUGCAUUGAAAAAUCCAAAGCAAUUUUUGUAGACAGAAAAGAAGCAGGAGUCUGCAACAUAAUAGUGUUAUUAAUCUAGUAAAUCAGAUGAUUGGAAUUUUUUUAGACAUUAUGGUGUUUAUUGAGAGUUUAAAAUAUAUUUGCUAUUUUCUUAUUCUUGCCAGUGUUUUUGAGCACUGACACAGUUUGAUAGUUCCUUUUUUGUUAAAUUUUAGGGAUCUGAGGGUCAUAGUUUUGUCUUUUCUGGGUAACAUUUUAAAACAUACCUUUUCUGUGUAUUUAAGGUGGUAUAAUAAGUUGGUUUGAACAAGUUUCAGGAGACUGAGUCUAGCAUAAUAAAGACUAGAACAUUAUCAUAAACAGGCUUUUUGUUCCUCAUGGGCACAGAGAAGGAAAGAAUAUACUGGUAACCACAGGCCGUAGGCCUGGAUGGAGAGGACUGUCUUCCAGCUCAGAGACUGGGGAGAGCAUCCAUGUUGAUGGCUGCUCUUGUAUUACAGAUCUGUUCUUAUCUGGACCAUGCAGAUGGACUCCGUUUGGUUCUAGGACAGCAUUUCUCAAAUAGAUUUCAUGGAGUAAGUUUGGAAAUAAUCCUAUUUUCCCCCUUAGGAUGACAGCGAGAGUAAUGUUCAAGACUUUGGCAAAUCCUUUCAUGUUAAAAACAAAAACAAAAACAAAAAACCCACAUAAUUUUGUAUAAUCCUGCUUUUCCCAAAUUAAUUUACUAUUUUAAAAACUUAUGAGAAAAAAGUUUAGAAAAUGCUUUUUUAGGAAAGUUAUUGUACAAGGUUAUCAUAAUUAGGGUAGUUAAGAAUGAGAUUAAGACAGUGCUGCCUUUUCCCUUAUUGGUUGUUGGAGAGAACCUGGUCAGAUUCAAAAUCUUCUCUUUUAACUCGUAGACAUGUAAAAUGAAUUCAGGACUAAGAACUUUUUGUCUGAAAGUUGUUUUGUAAAACACUAGUUUUCUCAGUCAGGUUGUAGUAUUGUUUCGGAGCAAGAUUUCUUUCUUGUGUCAGAGGAUGACUGAAAACUGUUAAACAAGAUUACUUGUGAAGAAAAGACGAAGAAAUGGUUAAACCAUGAGCCAUUAUGACUGAUUCUUUUAAAAUGUGUAGUCAGUGCACAUCUGAACACUUUUGUGUAGAGUGCCAUAUUUAAUCCUGAUUCUUGUCUUUUAAUUUAGGGAGAGACUGUCUCAAAUAUUCAGGGAAAAAGGGAGGUGAACCAUUUACAAUUUUUUGUUGUAAUCAAUGGAACUUUUAAGAGACAUUUUUGUAAACUCUGAUGUUUGCAUUAAUAAUAGCCACCAGUAAAGAGAAUCCAGGAGUCUUUGAAAUAAGUUUUUCUGUGUCAAGGAGCUGGUGAUUUAUAAUACAGAGAGUUGUCCAGUUUUACCAAAUACUUUCAAAAAUGGUUACAAAUGCAUUCUGUUAUUCUGUAGCCAAUUUGUACUUAGGGAAUACAAAUUAAUUUUUAGGAUUGAGAAUUUAGAAAGUAAUCCUAAUCACUACAAAUUUGGGGACAACUUUAUCUGUAACAUCUAUUAAUGUGCAGUACACUGAGUUAAUGUAGGCAUUAAACCUCUUUUUAAGUUACAAAAGCUUAGGACAUGCCUACCCAAGAUACUGCAUCUUUGUCUAUUCACUGGCUAAUAAUUUAAAUCCCAAUAAUAGCAGUAAGAUGAAUGUCUCAAUGCUAGAUAUGUUAUAGUGUUGUCUGUUUUACACACUGAAAUCUGUCAUUUAUCUUGUCCUCUUGUCACCCCAUGGCUUUUUAAGUGGGGAAUGUGACUUGAAUCAUAAUUUUCAGACUCUGUGAUUAAUGCUGUAUGGGGUAUGUGCAAUCUGCUAAGUCAUAUCCUAUGUUGGGCCUCAUUUCUGUGACCCUAAAAUGGGAGGGAUAGAGUAAAACACCUCUAAGGUACCUCUGAGCUUUAAAAUUUUUGCCUUUUCUACCUUUGCAUGUGGUAUAUGUUAAUGUUCACUUUUUAUGUAUUUAGAGUUUUUAUACUAGCAUGAAUGUUGUUUUGGUGCAGUGAGGCAUUUUGAUGAUGCAUACUUGAAUAUUUUUGUACUUGCAACUGCCCUCUGGAAUACAAAUGACAAAAAAAUCAUACAGAAACCAGACUUGUUAAAAUAUGAUGACUUGGCUUAAGGCACAAGAUAAUUAUAGUCCUGAAAGUGUUCCACACGUUUCUAUAUUGAUGUUUAGAUUUAGGGACCCACUUUCUCAGUUAGUUUAAAGUAACCUGCCGAGAUAACCAGAAAAGUACAGUUUAGUACUUUGCUGAUGAGGAGACAGCACCAGGAGCUCUGGAUGAAGCCUGACACCUUACAGCUAGCUGUGCAGUAGCCAGGGCGCUCUUCAGGGGGCACUGCCUUUCUCGCAGGGUGCUGCAGUCUGAAGUCAGUCAGACACAGAUGAACUGCUUUGAAGUCUUUGGCAUAAAGUAGUGUAAACUAAAUAGUUCCUAGUUUAAUGAUAUGAACUAGUUAAUUGUAAUAAGUAGAUGUAGUUAUCUGAAGUAUUUAUGAUUAGCAUGUUAAUUUUUUUUGUAAGUACUUCUAAGUUAUUGAAGGUGCUUAAAAAUACUAAAGAAGCUUUAGGGCAUAAUUUGUGCUAAAAUUUUAUUUAUGUGAUUCCUACAGCACAAUCUCUUAACAGAGAAAAAUUAGCCUAAAUCUUUAUCUAAAUUACUGGAUUGGUUUUUUUUUUUUUUUUUCUUUUCUUUUCUUUUUGACUGUUACCUGAAAAUUAGGCCUAUCUAAAUUUCAUAUACAGAUUGGUAAUUUUAUAUGCAUGUUGGAUAAUAUAACACUUCGUAGAGUAUAUUUAUUUUUAUGAAGUACCUGGUUAUUAUUGGUUUGAUAAAGAUUCUCCUAAACCUUAAACUUUGAAAUGGAACUUAACCUGAUGAACUCUGAAAUUUUUAUAAACAUGUGACAAGUUGUUGACAUCCUUACUGGCUUUUCCCACAUAGAAUUAUGAUGUAUUUGGUGCUGCUGAACAGUAAUGGCAUGAAGGAUAGGACCCAUCAUCAGAACGGAUUAAUUUUUAAUUAAAUUUCUUCAGCUAUAGCCUGGUAAGAAUCAGGAUGAAUCUAGACCUUCUCUGACUGUGGGCCUAUGUGAAUUUUGUGAGCCAGUGUUAAUGUUACUACCAUCCACGUGUACAGUGCCAGUUUGUAGCCUGACUUUUAGUGAUGGUGGUUUAUAUUUAAAGCAGUUUAGAUUUUAGGGACGUAGCUUAUGAUUAUUUGGACAAGUAGGCUGGGUAAAUUUUAAUAAUUAAAGUGCAAUUAAGGGACUCCUAGAGGAGAGCAUUCUUUCUAGGAAAAAGGUAUUUGUAGAAUAUUCUGGGAUGAAAACAUUUUGAAUAUAUGUAGUUUUGACAAGAUUUAUAGUGUGAUUUUUUUUAAAUUCAAAAUUUACUGUAAAUUUUUAAGGAACAACAAAAUUGUAGGCAAGGAGAAUUGCAUAAUUUUUUUCUGCUAAACAUACAUUUGUCAGUAAAAAGUUCCUUUUUUUUUUUUUUACUGAAAACCAUUUUUUUAACUGAAAACCAUUUAGAAAGGUAGCAUUUUCUUAAAGAGAAACAGGUCUACUGUUCUAAAAACAACCCCACUAAAUUGUGCCUUCUCUCUUAAAUUAUAAGAAAGUUGCUUAGCCUCCGCCCCGCCCCCCCAUUCCUUUUCAUUUUCCCUUAGAUUUUCUCUUCACAGCUAAUCAUGUUGGUUCUAGCUGUUUGGUUGCAAGUUAUUUUGGCCAAACCUCACACUGUCACAGCUGAAAGUUGUUGACUAAUUGUAUUUUCUAUUUCUUGUAUGUUUCACACAAAUCACCUUGGUAAAUAUUUGGCUGCCUUUUCAUGCUUUUAAAGGAAUGCAAUGAUAGUAAUCCAUAUUUGAAAAGUUUGAAAAGCAAAGACUUAAUGCAGAGCUAAGGAUAAAACCUAAUUGGAAUUUGAUUCCUUUGACCACUGUAGCAGCACAAGUCAUGUAACCUCAUUCAGUUUUCUCAUGUACAAAAUGUGGAUAAUAACCUACCUCAUGGGUAUGGAUGAGAAAUGGAAGAUCCUUGUUUAAGUACAAGGUUUAUAGCCCCUAUUUAAUGUGUAUCUUUUUUUAAAAAAAAUAGAUAUCUUUGAUACUGAUAGGAUGAGUAUCUUGACUUUUAGGUGAGUUUUAUGUGGUAAGAAAAUAGUGCUAAGAAUGUUUAAGACCAAUUUCACAAAUUCUGGUGGGUUUUUUUUUUUUUUUUUAGAUACUUAAAAUUUUUUGAAAACAUCAACUGUUCAAAUAUUAACUUGUCCUUUGUUUUACCAAAUGUUCAGAACUGUUUAAAAUGUUGGCUGAAGCUGCCUUAAUGUACCAAAAUAACAGCUGUCAAGGCUAUUCACAAUCAUCUAUGGUUGUACACUGUUUUGAGUGUUUAAAUGUGAAGUUGUUAUAGAGCUACAAACUCAAAUAAUAGUAUCUUGCUAUUGUUUUAGGAAGAAUGGUUGUGUUCUUUUAUCACAUAUGCUCAAAUACUAUAUGGUGAAUUUUGAGUGUGACAAAUAAAACUGAAAGUUGACCACUAUAGGUUAUAUCUGUGACAAUCGUAAGAUAAUGUAUGAUUGCAUGGUAAUUAUUCACUUUUUUCCCAAGAUCAUCAUGCAUCCUAUUUUGGUCUGUUUCUGGUGGGGAAAAACAAAAACCAUAGGUUGAUACAUUAUCACAUUGGAGCACUGGACUAUAUUUUAAAAUGUUUCAACUAUUGAAAAUUGGGAUCCCUUGUUUCAGGGAGAAAAGCAACAGGUUUCUAGUGCUUUCUCUUUUGAUAACCAUAGACUCAAAUUUCAGUUUUGUUUGUUACGUGCUUUUUGUGUUUGUUAAAUGAUCAGUGGGAAGGAUUGUCUUCCAGUAACCAUGUGAAAAAUAUGUCUUCUCAAAUUACAUAGGAUUUCACAUUACAGGUUCUCUCUGUGGAACUCAUAGGCAGCCACACAAAUGAAAAAGGCCUAGCUGAUUGCUUAUACGCUUUUUUCACAAAAUCAAAUUAAAGUCUGGUUAACUUGAAAA